AUGUGGAGUUCAACUGACCCAGAGACUAAGCAUGCGCGAUCGACAGCGAAACAGGUAGUCGCUUUCCUCAAGCUGUUUCUAGAAAGGGGUUUCAAACUUGUUGAGAGUUCCCCGCAAUAUCGUGACGAUGUCCUGACGCUUGGUGAGAGUGCCGAAACCGCGCUGUUGACGUUCCUGAAGCAGCACAACAUCACAGCCCGUGGCCCGCAGAAUGUCCUGAACACACAGAACUCCGUCUUCAUGCCAUCGAUCAAGCCCACCAAGAACGCCGUCAGCUUUUACAAGGAGUUCAAGUCGUGCUGCAUUGCUACAUCAAAAACAUUCAAGCUUCGAAUUAGCGAUGAGGCAAUCCGCCACCUGCGACCUACCAUGAACACGACUGUAGCCUCCGCCGCCCUGCUGCCUGAAGCCAUCAACGUCAUUUGCGAUUCACUGUCCGAGAGGAAGACAAGCCGCGCGAGCCUGGAGGACGUACGGGAGUGGCUGGUCGAGCCACCUCCUGCUGAGCCCGGAGACGCAGCUACAGAAGGCGAGCAGAAGCACUACGUCCGCAAGCUGCUAAAUUGGAAGCGCCAGAACCGAGAGACGUUCUACCUCAUCAACUGGGAGCCAACGUGGGAGCCGCGUCAUCACCUCCAUGCCUCUGUUGUUGCUGCCUUCGAAAAGGAGCGCCGUCUUCUUGUGCGCAAGAAGAUCUUCGAAGACGAAGCUGUGGAAGGCAACACGCUCAAUGAGACUGAAGCAUAG